CAACAAGUAUGUACUACGAGUGCAUUUAAUUUUGGUACGACUUCAUUUUAAUUCAUUUAAAUAUUUUUAUAGUUCCACAAUGAACGACAAACCAACAAAAGAAGUGAAGCAGUUAAUUCACGAAAUUAAACUCGGUAACGUGGAAGGUUCAUACAACAUAACAACAAAAACGUUGCAAUUAUUUAAGAAAAUUAUCAAUGGCCAGGAAUGGGCGCACGCACAAGAACUCAUGAACAUAGUGCGUGCGCAAGCAUGCUUUCUCCAAUCCGCAAUGCCACAAGAGACUGUAACCGCCAAUAUUGCACGUCGCAUACUGAAGUUGAUACGCGAGGAGUUUGAUUUACUUCAAGCAAAGGUGAACAAAUUCGCAGAUGACCAAGGCUCCAUGUCACUGCACAAACUCUUAACACAAACGAGCAGUGAUGUUACGGUCGACUACACCGAACCGCAGCAUUUGCUGCGCGAUGCACUGCUGGAUCACUUGCAAGAGAUUGAAACUGAAUUGGAGACAAGUUCAGAAAAUAUUUGUGCACAAGCAGAAGAGCACAUACAUUCCUCUGAGGUUAUACUAACGUUAGGGCACUCGCGCAGUGUUGAGAGCUUUCUAAAACUUGCCGCCAAAAAACGCCAAUUUCUUACUAUAAUUAUAGCCGAGUGUGCGCCCGAUUGCAGAGGUCAUAAUUUGGCAGCCAAGUUGGCAAGUGGAAAUGUAGAGAUUAUCGUAAUACCGGACUCCGCAAUAUUCGCAAUGAUGUCGCGUGUUAACAAAGUCAUCAUUGGUACACACAGCGUACUGGCCAAUGGCGGUUUACGUGCUGCAUGCGGUUCAUACACGGUCGCGCUGGCAGCUAAACAUUACUCAGUGCCGGUUAUUGUACUCUCACCCAUGUACAAGCUAUCGCCCGUACAUUUGUGUUCAUACGAGCAGGACGCUUUCAAUUUGGUAGGCUGUGCGGGCGAUGUGAUUGGCUACGAUUCGUUAGCGUCGCACUCGGCUAAAGUCUAUAGUCCCAUAUUUGAUUAUGUGCCUCCUGAGCUGGUAACAUUAUUUAUUUCAAAUAUUGGCGGCCAUGCUCCUUCGUAUGUCUAUCGACUAUUGACUGAACUCUACAAUCCGGAAGAUUAUGAGAUUUAAAAGAACGAAACACCCACCCGUUAAACUACUAGCAUAAGCAUUACAAAAUUUGCGACAAGAAAAAGUACCCGCAAGUAAAGUUUAAAUAGUUAAAAUAGAAAAAAGCUAGGAGAAUAGAAAACGUGAAGAAUAGCUGGCGUUACUUAAACACGCGUUUGUUGUAAAGAAAGACGCCGUUGCUUUAUUGCUUCACAGUGUGCUAUCGUUUGCGAUUUUAAAUACCUCGUUUCGCCGCGGCUUGUGUCUGCCAAUCGUCUAAUCCAAUUACUGAAAGCCAACCGCAAAAUUGUUGCUCACCAAGUAUGCCUGUUUUCCCUCUGUUUCCGGUUGAAUUUCGUAUGGAAAGCGUACUUUGAAAUUAGUUUGAUCAACACCUUUUAUUUUAUCGGACUGCGUCUCAAUACAAAUGUCACAUGUCAAACAAUCACAUUUUCUUUUAAUUACUCUUCAAAUACCAAUAAAAAAUUGUGCAGAACAGA